AAGCCAGACUCACUCAAACCAAGGUCUGAUCUCUGAGAGCAACCCACCUCAACUUGGUCUCCAGAAUGUUGCAGUACGUGGUUGCCCUCUGCCUUGUGGCUGUGUCCUGGGCACAGGACUGCCAGGUGGCUAACAUCCAGGUCAUGCAGAACUUUGACAGGACCAGGUACACAGGCGUGUGGUAUGCAGUGGGUAAGAAGGACCCGGAGGGCCUGUUCUUACUGGACAACAUUAAGGCCAUAAUGGUUAUUGAUGAGAAUGGUCAAAUGACUGCCACAGCCGAGGGCAGAGUCAUCAUUCUUGGCAACUGGGAAACAUGCGCUAGAAUGAUUGCCACCUUCCAUGACACUGACGACCCAUCCAAGUUCAAGAUGAAGUACUGGGGAGCAGCUGCCAACCUGCAGGAGGGAUAUGAUGACCACUGGGUGAUUGACACUGACUAUGAAAACUACGCUGUGCACUACAGCUGCAGACAAGUAGAUGAGGAUGGCACAUGCAAAGAUGGUUAUUCUUUCAUUUUCUCCCGACACCCCACUGGUCUGAGACCUGAAGAUGUGGCCAUAGUCACCCUUAAGAAAAGGGAGCUCUGCCUGCUGGGAAAAUACAGGCGUGUAGUGCAUAAUGGUUAUUGUGACACAGCACCAGCCAAGUGAUCUGAAAACUAUCAGGAACUUUAAUUUUGUCUUUUACCUCAGGGACUUUAAAACACUUUAUCACUGAGGAGAAAAUAAAGCAUUCAUGUUUCAUGAACUUGUACCACUGUAAAUAGAAGACUGGAGACAUGUGUCAUUAUUGUUACUGCUUUUCUGUCACUGGACCUUCCCUUUCCCAUUUAAGCUUAUGCUAUUUCACAGAUGUUGACAAAUCCUAACUAUAUUGGGUUCAUUCUAUGGUUGUAUGAGGUCAGUGAUCCAUUUUACAAUUACAUGGAAGUAAAGUAGUAUGUGUAUGUAUAAGUACUGUGCUUAAGUAUACACUUUAGGUAUCUGUACUUUACUUCACUUAAGUAAGUUUUAAAGUGUAUACUUUUUACUUUUACUUCACUAUAUUUGAGAGCAGGUACCUGCAUUUUCUACUCUACAUUUUUUAACUGGAUAAAAAUGAAAAAUACUGGAGUAUUUUCUUGCUCCAAUAUCUGUAUUUUUAAGUAACAAAUUGUCAGUCAAGUAUUUUAUUUGUAAAUGAAAUAAAAUUGCAGUAUUGGAGAGA